AUGAGGAUAAUCAACUGGUGUUUGAAGAAGUUCCGUUACUACGUUGUUUUCUCAAAGGAAGCCAUGUUUAUAUUUGGCCUCAUAUUUGUUCACAGUUUCGUGGAGAACGCGCUGGUAAAUAUAUUGAUCACCCACCUCUCAGGUGUAUGGGACGUACCAAAAUCGGCUAAAGUUGUCAAUUUACAGGAAGGAACCUCGGCAGUUCUGCAAAUUUUAUUUGCUAUUGCAUCGGACGCCUAUCAGGGCCGCUUCAAAAUGGUGGUUUUCUCCACCAUAUCUUACAUCAUUGGAUUAGUGCUGUUCUGGAAUGCAGCCCGAAAUAGAAAUGCAAAGAUUCCAACUUUUUAUUUGGGACUGGUGCUAAUAACUUUGGCAAAAGCAACAAAAGAGGUAUCAUUGAAAGCAUUUCUUGAUGAUCAAUUCAUGGCGAACAAUAUCCCAGCCACAGAAAAGGAUAAAGAACGACAACAUAGCCGUAGCAAUGUCUGGUGGCGCUCUACAUCCAUCUUGGAUGCUCUUGCCGCUGUUUUUGUCUCGAUUUCAUUAGAUCUGUUUUCUAUGAUCUCAGCAAUUGCAAUGGUGGUUGCAUACUUGUGGUUCUGGUUAGGUGCAAAAUUUUACGAAUGCAAUAGACCAACAGGCAGCGCCAUCUCUGAUGUUCUAUUUGUUAUUAAAACAGCAGUACUAAAAAGAAAUAUUCUCUAUGCAACAAUUAUAAAGGGGCGCAUCGGUAUUGGAAUGACAUUUUCUGUCAUUUGUUGCAUAUUUGCUUGGAAAAAUGCAGUUCACUGGCUGUAUUUGGUCAAUACAUACACCCAGCCAAGUAUACAUACGGAUAUUUUUAGCUUAACUCCACAAUUUAUCUUCUUGGGAAUUAUGAAAGGACUUUCAGAAGGUGGGCUUCAAAGUUUCUUCCGUUCCCAGGUAUCUGAAUCCCUAAAGAACUACGGACCACCGUUUGGAGAAUGUGUGAUAGGCAUCGGAAAGUUUCUUAGUGUAAUUUUUAUCCUCAUUUUCAGCAGCUGGUUUGGGCAGGAUAUAGAUUCAAGUCGUUUGGACAAUUAUUAUGCGAUGCUGACACUUUUAAGUUUUGUCAACUUUCUAAUCUACUGGUUGGUUGCAUAUUGGCAUGGAUAUGAUCAAUUUUCACCUGAAGUAUACUGUGAACCACUCAUAGAAGGUGCACAAGACAGUAUUGGACCUUUGGUGCUGCCAUCCUUCUCUGAUCAGACGUCCAAUAACCUUCGAUAUGUUAGUGUUUCAACAAGGAGAACACAAUCCUUAUCUGAUAAGAUGCCCAAUAACCCUUCAUAUUUCAGUGUUUUCAGGAGAAGAACGUUGUCCUUCCCCGGUCCUGCUUGCCCUAGAACUCCGAACAGAUUGGAUGAUGCAUACGUGCAGGAAAAGGAAGAAUUACUCCAUAUAAAAAUAUUUGAUUAUGAACAUCGUGAUGUUUUGUGA